CUUUGUUUCCUCGUAGAUUGCUGUUUACUGUGAGACAUUCUCUCGAGAAGUACGAGGUUCUAGAGGUCGCUACAAAAUAAAGAGCGAGAUGACGUAGGAGGGUGGGCCCGAAGCUUGUUAUCCUGGGGAGCUUGAGCUAAGGCCAAAGCGGGAGUGGCAGGCUUGCCGAUCACCCGUGCCCUUGGCAGGGCCAUCCCAACUGGACCCCCAUUGUCCCCCCUCCAACGUUUUUGCAGGACGUGGCCCGCCACAUGCCACUCUCUCCUUUCUGCUAUUACUUGCGUACUUCAACACGUUUCCCCAUCAAGGCUCACAGCCAUUUCCCUGCCACUUCCAUCUUCCUAAUCGAUCCGUCGAACUUAAAAGAUACCUUGAUACUUCUUAUCAUUCUUCAUCAACACCCACCUUCCUCGAUGAAGGAACCCACCUCUGAUAAAUCUUGGUACACGGAUAGAAUUAACUCGUGGAUAAGAAGCAAACCCGCGAAUCACCCUUCCAAACAGAUCAAUUCAAACCAGAUUCCCAUCAGCAAUCCAUCCAUCCUGGAGCCCACACAGUCCAACAGCCAGCAUGGAGCAUCAGCCAUGUCUGCCAACCCCGGCGGCACCAUGCCAACGCCGCCGGCCCCUGGUGGUGCCGACACGACAGAAGAUGGUUGUUGCGGAACGCCCAUGCCCGGUACAUCAUCGCAGCCCGAGCAGCCGGGGCCUGUCCUAGGCGAAGCGGGUGAUGGGAAACACCCACACGAAGACUCUCAACCACAGCGGGAACCUGGAACCAAGGACAGCAUCCCCAGUAGGAUACUGCGCACUAUCAAAUUUGUCUUGUUCCAUUCCAAACUGAACCUUUUGCUGGUUUUUGUCCCCAUCGGCAUCGCCGUCGAGCAAGUCCCGGGCAUUUCUCGGGGCAUCAUUUUUGGCAUGAAUGCCGUCGCCAUCAUACCUCUUGCUGGUCUCUUGAGCUUUGCUACCGAAGCCGUAGCGCGCAAGCUCGGCGACUCCCUUGGCGCAUUGCUGAACAUUACUUUUGGUAAUGCGGUAGAGCUAAUCAUCUUCAUUGCUUUGGUCAAGGAUGAAUUCCGUAUCGUUCAGGCCUCUCUUCUUGGGUCUAUCUUGGCCAACUUGUUACUGAUUCUGGGCAUGUCGUUCUUCCUUGGCGGUCUUCGCUUCCGGGAACAGAUCUACAACAGCACCGUCACCCAGAUGAGUGCUUGUCUAUUGAGUUUGAGUGUGAUCAGCUUGGUGUUGCCAACUGCAUUCCAUGCUUCGUUUAACGACUCGAACCUAGCAGAUGCCCAAUCUCUCAAGAUCAGCCGUGGUACUAGUGUGAUUCUUCUGUUGGUGUAUAUCAUAUAUCUCCUCUUUCAACUUCUGUCACAUUCAUACAUGUACGAGUCGACACCACAGCACAUCAUUGAUGAGGAGGCAACACCUGGACCGGUCGCCAACUGGUUGGACUCGUCAAGUUCAGAGAGCAGCUCGUCGAGUGACUCAGAUUCUUCCGACUCUGAUUCAUCACGAGAAACUGUUGGCAAGAGAAUGAGACGAGCUAUCAAGCGCCAUCGCAAGUCCAGCAUCAUUUCAGUCGACACGAGUGAAGGCCACAGCACUACUCGCACGCGAACCCCUACUAGAAGUCCCUCUUUCGGUACUACGAGCGAGGGACAGCCUUCUGAGGAGACCGCAAGGAACCGUAUUUCCAAGCCUGGAACCGGGGUCUUUGAGGCGCACGAGGAUGCCAUUGAAGAUGAAAAGCCACCUCGUCACAAGAAGCGCGAUCGUUACCGGAGACACAAGAAGCAUCGCAAACAUCACAAGCACCGCAAGUCACGGAGAAACGGCUCCCAAGAAUUCAUGGACCAACCCAUUGACGAGGAAGCAGCUGUUGGGAUUAAGGCUCCCCUCUCACCUGGCGAGCCUCGGAGAGUCGAUUUCGCCAUGUCACAAUUGACCCCGAAUGUUGAGGGCAUGAGUGAAGUCGUUCAGACCCGAAGCAGUCCGUUCCAGGGACUUCGUGGGACACUGCGACCUGUCGCUCGCAGCCUUGCGCCCACAGUAUUUACCAGUCCCACUGAUUUCUCGAUGCCGGCCGUACCCUCUGGUCCAGUGCCUCGUGUUCGUUAUGGAAUUCGUCGUACGAACUCGCUGCCCGACCGCCUAAACCAGUUCGGCCGCCCUCCCGGCGCGAUGAUGCCCUCUCAGAUUCCUCUGGCCGCCGUCCCGAACGGCGCUGUGGCUGAUGCCGAGGAAAAUGUUGAAGAGCUCUCCCGUCGGAGCGCAGUCAUCUUGCUGCUCGUAUCGACCGCUCUUGUAGCUGUUUGUGCCGAGUUCAUGGUCGACUCAAUCAACGGUCUUGUCAAGACCAGCAGCAUCGGCGAAAUCUUCAUUGGUCUCAUCAUUCUGCCCAUCGUUGGCAACGCAGCCGAGCACGUCACUGCUAUCACCGUUGCCAUGAAGAACAAGAUGGAUUUGGCCAUCGGCGUGGCCGUGGGCAGCUCGAUUCAGAUCGCCCUCUUCAUCACGCCGCUGAUUGUGAUUAUCGGCUGGAUCAUGGACAAACCCAUGACGUUGUAUUUUACGCUCUUUGAGACCGUUUGCUUGUUUGUCUCGGCGUUUAUCACUAACUUUUUGGUGUUGGAUGGGAGGAGUAAUUACCUUGAGGGGGCUCUGCUGCUGGCGACUUACGUUAUCAUCAGCGUGGUGGCGUUUUUUUAUCCGAAUGCAGAGGAUACGAGUGCGUGGGGGACGUAGAUAGGCUUGAGGAGUUAUCAUCGAAGGGUUGGUGGGGGGAGUCAAGGGCGUCUGGGGGCAUUUUGAUGCCAUUGAACUUUGUAAAAUGGGUCGAGGCUUUUCGGCGUCAGGUAUUUGGGGAUGAUUGGGGUUGCUGUUCGGUUUUCAGAUGGCAUGUGCGAUGGUGUGGCUGGAUUUUGGGCCAGCUGUUGCCCAGCUAGGUUGAUAGUAAGGCAAUCUGAGUCUUUCAUUUGCCUCAAGCAUCGGGUGGAUUUUGAG